GGAUGUCUGCAUAAUCUCUCUGAGAACAACAUGCCAAGGUUAACCUACUUCAGUUUGGUCAAAUCCUGACUUCGACUGCACAGGGGCCCGAAAAAGUCACCGAGAGGACUUCACUGACCAGUGGGAAACAGAAAAAAAGAACCCAAACAACGCAUGGUAUUGCAGAACAGUGCCCUAGCAAGGAUACCUGACUCUGCCUUUCUGCGGGUGCUGGGAGUGAGCAGGAGAGAAUAAAAUCAGAAAAGCUUCCAGGAGCAGCUGAUUUUGAAGUUAACACAAAUCAGAUCACUGUGACCUUGAACACUGCUGAUGGAUAUAAAAAUGGACACCAAUUUUACUACUCCCUUUACAACUCCGCCGGAAAAUGACUGUGACCUCUAUGCACACCACAACACAGCCAGGAUAGUAAUGCCUCUGCAUUACAGCAUUGUCUUUGUAAUUGGGCUCGUGGGAAACUUGUUGGCCUUGGUUGUCAUUGUUCAAAACAGGAAGAAAAUCAACUCUACCACCCUAUAUUCAACAAAUCUGGUAAUUUCUGAUAUACUUUUCACCACUGCUUUGCCUACGCGGAUAGCCUACUAUGCCCUAGGCUUUGACUGGAGAAUCGGCGAGGCCCUGUGUAGGAUAACUGCUCUUGUGUUUUACAUCAAUACAUAUGCAGGUGUCAAUUUCAUGACCUGCCUGAGCAUUGACCGGUUCUUUGCCGUGGUGCACCCUCUGCGAUACAAUAAGAUGAAAAGAAUUGAACAUGCAAAAUGUAUUUGCAUAUUUGUCUGGAUUCUAGUAUUUGCUCAAACACUCCCACUACUCAUAAAAUCUAUGUCAAAGCAGGAAAAUGAAAGGACAACAUGCAUGGAAUACCCAAACUUUGAAGAAACAAAAUCUCUUCCCUGGAUUCUGCUUGGUGCAUGUUUCAUAGGAUAUGUGCUUCCACUCAUAAUUAUUCUCAUCUGCUAUUCUCAAAUCUGUUGCAAACUCUUUAAAACUGCCAAACAAAACCCACUAGCUGAGAAGUCUGGUAUAAACAAAAAGGCUCUGAACACAAUAAUUUUUAUAAUUGUUGUGUUUAUUCUCUGUUUCACACCUUACCAUGUAGCAAUUAUUCAGCACAUGAUUAAAAAGCUUCGUUUUCCUGAUCUCCUGGAAUGUAGCCAAAGACAGUCAUUCCAGAUUUCUCUGCACUUUACUGUAUGCCUGAUGAACUUUAAUUGCUGCAUGGACCCUUUUAUAUAUUUCUUUGCAUGUAAAGGGUACAAGAGAAAGAUUAUGAAGAUGCUUAAACGUCAAGUCAGUGUAUCAAUUUCCAGUGCUGUGAAGUCAGCCCCUGAAGAAAAUUCACGCGAAAUGACAGAAACUCAAAUUAUGAUACAUUCCAAGUCUUUAAAUGAAAAAUAAAAGGGAAUUAAAUCUUGGAUUUAUAGCAAAGUAAACUGUAUGACAAACUUUGCAUGACUUUUUUUAUAAAGCAAAAUGAUUAUUCAACUUCCAAUUAGGAUUCUUCCAAAUUCCUUUCUUUGGGCACUAUUUCCCACCUUCAUCUUGGAAGUAAACUCAAGUUUUUUACACUCAAGAGAACGACAUAAAGCUAAGAUCUAAUUUGUAAAUGGAAUGUAAUACCAAAAGGAAAGCUAUUUUAAUAACUCUCAGUAUAAAAGAGAGUUUUAUGUAAAUGAAAAAUUUAAUCAUUAACAUUUCCUGCCAACAAUUUGGCAAAAGAAAAAAGACUGUUAAGAUUGUAUAUUGCCAGUGUAAAAAUGUUAAUAUUGUAAUAUAUUUCUUUUUUUGAUAAUGUAUUUUUUCAAUCCAUGUUUUGUUUUAUUCUAAGACUUUAUUUCCUCAACACAGCUUUUUGUUUUGUUUUGUUCUGAGUCAUAAAAUUUUAUUUCAAAAAACUCUUUUGGAAUAAAGAACAGGAUUCUACAAAAUUAUGAGUAUGCUCUUCAAUGGUCACUGUCAACUAACAUCAGGAGUUACAAGAAC